GGAAAAAGUCAUCCAAAAGAAAGCAGAAGUGGGCAGGGAAAGAAAAAAAAAAAACUCCGUUAAUCGAAGUCACAAGUUGUCAUGCACGCGUUGUGUGGCAGCCAAAACAAGAACCUCACGAUGUUGCCACUAUCGCCGCCUCCUUCAUUGGCAUUUUAUUAAAUGUACCUGACAAUUGGGGGCUUUUCAAAAGUUUGUUCCGCGGAGUUUGGAGGGGCGAAGUCCGUGAAAUGUAGCAGCGAGGGCGACGAGGAAAAGAAAGAGAAGAAAAAUAAGCACCAUGGCAGACUGGAGAACUUUUAAUGUGGUGAUUUUGGGCGUGGGAUUCUUGUUUGUCUUCUCCGCCUUCACCACCUGUGGCAACGUUGAACAAACGGUGGUGAAAAGUCUGCAGAAUGACACCUUCACAGGAAGUGGAUACCACAGUCUGGGAAUCAUCUAUGGAGUCUUCUCGUUGUCCAGUUUGGUGGCGCCCGCCGUGGUGGCCGUGCUAGGACCGAAGAUGACCAUGUUUUUGAGCGGGCUGCUUUACAGUGGCUACAUCGCCGUCUUCAUCGAGCCGUCCACGUGGUCCUUCUACUUCAUGUCCUUGCUGCUUGGCAUUGGGGCCGCCAUGCUGUGGACGGCUCAAGGGCAAUUUCUGGUGGAGAAUUCGGAGGCUUCAACUAUCAACAGGAAUACGGGCUUGUUCUGGGCUCUGCUGCAGUGCAGCAUGUUGUUCGGCAAUCUGUGUAUUUAUCUGGACUGGAACGGAAGAGCAGAAAUACCAGAGAGCAGCAGGAAGAAUAUCUUCCUCUCACUGUUGGUGGCCUCCAUCGUGGGGACGCUGUGCUUCCUGGUGCUGAGGAAGACUCACCUGCCAGAGGAGGAGAUGCUCUCAGAGGAGGAAGGACAGUCGUUGCUUUCGGCUCACGUGGUGUACAAGCACAGAGCCAACACGGCCGUACAGGACGUGAAGGCGGAUUUCAAGACUAUGCUCCAGCUCCUCAAGACCAGAAACAUCCUGCUCCUGAGUCCCUGCAUGGCCUACAGCGGCCUGGAGCUGUCCUUCUACAGCGGCGUUUAUGGGACGUGCCUGGGAGCCACGGCUCAGUUCGGACAGGCUGCAAAAGGCCUCAUCGGGGUCUCUGGCAUGGUGCUGGGCGUGGGCGAAAUCAUAGGCGGAGGCUUGUUCGGCUUGGUGUGCAAGAACAAUCGAUUCAGACGCACCUCGGUGGUCUUCCUGGGAAUGGUGGUACACUUCGUGGCCUUCUAUCUCAUCUUCCUCAACAUUCCCGAUGACGCCCCCGUGGUCUUCAGCACCGCCACCACCAAGAGCCCCUUUCUCACUCCAAGCAUGUCCAUCGCCCUGCUGUGCAGCUUCCUGCUGGGCCUGGGAGACAGCUGCUUUAACACGCAGCUCUACAGCAUCCUGGGCUGCGUCUACGCCGAGCAAAGCACACCCGCAUUUGCCAUCUUCAAAUUUAUACAGUCGGUUUUCGCAGCCGUGGCGUUCUUCUACAGCGGCAACAUGCUGCUAACGUGGCAGCUCCUCCUCAUGGUGGUGCUGGGCUUCAGCGGCACGCUCUGCUUCUUCGUGGCCGAGCGCAUGCACGACGUGGACGCCUCCUCCACGGAGGCAUUGGAAUAACUGGAGGAAAAAAAAACAAUUAAAUAAAAUGAUACUAUGGAAGGCAAGCAGCUUUAAGGCACCGAAGCUUCUCUUGGUUUUUGAAUGAUCGUUUCUAUCAUCAUCAUUGCAGCAGGAGCCCACAGGGUCAUUUGCAUAUUGUGCUCAAGGCCUUAAGACUGCACUGCGAUGAUGAGCGUUCGUUAAUACUCGUGCGAUCCUCUUUACAAGCGUCAUCGCUUUGUUUGCUGUGCAUGGCCUCCAACUCAGGUGGAACACUUUUUGGAAAACUGCUACUUCAUUGCUUUCAUUGAUCAUCUUUUUUAACUUUGAGGUGUAGCAAUCUCUUUUCUGUGGUCGCCAUUCAUUUCUAACGCCGUGAAGUCUUAACUUUUUAAUAGACGCACUCGACUGGAGAUUGUGUUUGUUUAAAGACACUGCAAUCAAACCGACAUUUCAAAAUAAAGCAAUUUGUUUCGCCUGCAUUUCCCUAUUCAUUUUGACACUAAUAAAAGCACUCUUGUAGUCUGAGUGUAAUUUGA